AUAGGGUCACCGCUGACCCGACCCGCCGUCCUCUCGCGUGCGUUUGCGCCGUGUAAAGCCCUGCCAGCGGCAGCCCCUGCAAGUAGGGCCGGGAAGUGGCCCUCGGACGGGCUGUGAUCCGGGCGGCCUCGCGCGGGGCGGCGGGAAGAUGAGCGUCGCCAAGGAGCCCAAGCGCGGCCACGGAGUGAAGCGAGCGGCCUCGCCUGAUCUUGGAUCCAGCAGUUGGGAAGCAGCAGAUCUGGGUAAUGAAGAAAGAAAGCAAAAGUUCUUGAGGCUUAUGGGUGCUGGAAAGUUUCUACAUACAGAGUUCCUAAUAAAGAUGCUUGAGACAGUAGAUAUCGAUCUGCUAGCUGAGCCCUGCAGAGGGAGGCAGAAAGAGCAUACUGGACGCCUUGUUAUUGGAGACCACAGAUCAACUUCUCAUUUUAGAACGGGGGAAGAAGACAAGAAAAUGAAUGAUGAGCUGGAGACCCAGUACCAGCAAAGCAUGGAUAGUACUGUGUCAGGAAGAAAUCGGCGGCAUUGCGGACUCGGGUUCAGUGAGUUGGACGAAGAUAAAGGAGAGCAAGAGGAUACAAGAGACUCCCUGGAGCCAGAAAGCUCAGAGGACUCUGAAAGUGACUCUGACUCUGAGCAAGAAGAGGUUGAAGAAGAGCAACCAACUACUGAAAAGCAUAGUGAUGCUGAGAAUCCUCAAGCCAAGAAAGAUGGGAAAAGCAACUAUAAAAUGAUGUUUGUUAAAUCCAGUGGUACAUAACUACAGAUCAAAUCAGCCUUUAAGUACAGUAAGCCUUAUGGUUACAGUGCAAAGUGUUGGACUGCUUACAGCACAGAUCUUUCUAUUAUGGUUUUAAUAAGGCCCUUUUAGAGAAAGAAUAGUGUUUGCUUUCCCAAUGCUGUGAUGCUAUUUUUAUCAGCAUGACUGUAUCCAUUUGUUUUGUAAAGAUUACAAAUAAAACUGAGGCAGGGGUAAUUUAGUUCUCAACCUACUCUGCAUUACUCUUCUGUCUUCCUCCCAUGAUGGCUAUUGAACCUUUAAGCUUGUUAAAAAUGAUUUAUCUUAACGAUAUUUGAUGUCUUUGUGUGUGGUUUUCUUUCUUUUUUAAAAAAAGCAGCAUUCUGUUUGGGUUUUGAAUGAUGUAAUAAUUAAAAAGUCAGAAUUGCA